AUGCAGCGGAAACCAUUUUGUUCCUCUCGACUGUGUUUGACAAUAACACUGCUUUUUAUUGCGAGCUUUGAGACAAUAUGCAAGGAGUUCGCUCUUUCAGCACUCGAGGUCCGUGCCGCGGAGCAGACGUCCAAAUGUGCCGUGAAUGAUAUUAGAACCAAGUGCACGUGCGAAACAGAAACAACCGACCCCAUACCGAGCCUGGAGGCAAAGAUCUCGGAAAAGACGAACGAGCUGGAGAUCCACUGCAUGAGCCUAAAGUAUGCGCCUGACGGACUGCAGGAGUCGACGGUUUGUUCGGCGGAUGCUGUCGACGUCGCCAAGUGCAAGGCAUCAGAAGACGAAGAAAAGUCUGGCUGUAUUGACGUUAACACACUCCUGGUCUCGACCUCAGGCUCGGUAGAAUGGAAACCAAGCAACAUCAGCUCUGUAGAUAAUCAAUCAAAAGUCCUCAGCGUCCCAAAAGAAAAGCUUCCGUAUAUCGAUGGACAAUUCAUCGUCGGAUGCAGCGACAGCAAAGGCAGCACAACGAAAUGCAAAGUCGCUGUGACGGUCGCUGCCAGAGCUACGGAGACUAAGGAUCAGCAGGUGACCUGUUCCUACGGCAAGGACAGUAACAAGAAGCACCAAACCAUCACGCUGAGUCCCUCACAGAACAGCUUCACUCUUGUAUGCGGUGAGAAAGGAGAGAUUGUGCAGACGAACUACAAAAAAACGUACUGCGAUGUGAGUGAGGAGAACGCGGCUGUCAAGGAUUGCCAUGGCAAAUACAAGGACAUUCUCCCGGGUUACGAGGAAGGAUGGUGGACUGAUGGUGAAGAGAAGUCCUUCACUUUCACGAUUCCGGAGGACAAGUUUCCCAAGGUCGGAGCGAAGAUGAUGGUUCAGUGCCAGAAAGUGGUGGAGGAGAAGCCGCAGGAGAAGGAGCUCCAGGUCCCUGCCCCAGCACCACCCCAAGACAGUGUGUGCAGCGUUGACGUGACAAUUGAAACCGGUGGCUCCCCGAGCUCGGCGUCUGCGUCAUUCGUUUUCAAACUGAGCAACUUUGUAUUGUUGGCGGUUUCUGGAGUGCUGUCUAUGUCGCCUCAUUUCCUGCGGCUGUGA